AUGGAGAACCAGGCGAACAGGGUCCAUCGACCCUCGAAGGAGAAAAAGAAACAUGAUGGCCCGAAUCCAAAAGCCUUCGCAUUCUCGAAUCCUGGAAAAGGAAAUAAAGCUGGCGCGCGGUCGCAUGAUAUUAAAGAAAAGAGGCUUCAUGUUCCGCUGGUGGAUCGUGUGCCUGAAGAGGCACCUCCCCUCGUCGUUGCAAUUGUUGGACCACCGGGUGUAGGGAAAACGACUCUCGUUAAAUCCUUGAUCCGUCGCUACACGAAACAAACACUCAGCACCCCCAAAGGACCCUUGACUGUGGUGACAUCCAAACGGCGCCGGCUCACUUUCCUCGAAUGCCCCUCCGACUCCCUUGCCAGUAUGGUCGAUGUCGCGAAAAUCGCCGAUAUUGUGCUUCUGAUGAUUGACGGCAACUAUGGAUUCGAGAUGGAGACUAUGGAGUUCCUGAACGUCUUGUCUUCCAGUGGUAUGCCAGGAAAUGUGUUCGGUAUCUUAACCCAUUUGGACCUUUUCAAAAAGCAGAGCACCCUUCGAAUGGCAAAGAAGCGCUUGAAGCAUCGCUUUUGGAGCGAGCUUUAUAAUGGUGCUAAACUCUUCUACCUUUCUGGUGUCGUCAACGGCCGGUAUCCUGAUCGCGAAAUACACAACCUCUCCCGUUUCCUGUCGGUCAUGAAAAACCCUAGACCGUUGGUAUGGCGCAAUUCACACCCUUAUGCGCUUGCAGAUCGCUUUCUGGAUAUUACGCCACCUACUCAGAUCGAAGAGAAUCCGAAAUGCGACCGGACAGUGGCUCUCUACGGUUAUCUACGAGGUACAAACUUUUCAGCUCAAGGAGCGCGAGUUCAUGUACCUGGAGUGGGCGAUUUAACUGUCUCUGGCAUUGAGUCACUUCCAGACCCAUGCCCAACCCCCUUUAUGGAUCAACAAAUGGCGAAAGUCUCGGGCAAGGCAAGCAAACGCAGGCUGGGGGAAAAGCAAAAGUUACUCUUCGCCCCUAUGUCUGACGUUGGCGGUGUUUUGGUCGAUAAAGAUGCUGUGUAUAUUGACGUCAAGACUGCCAAUUUUAACAAAGGGGAUGAUGAGUCUGAAGAUGAAGAUCGUGGCCUUGGUGAACAGCUCGUUGUUGGUCUUCAGGGUGAACGCAAACUCCUUGGUGAAGCCGAUGGAGGUGUCCGUCUGUUCCGAGGUGGUGAGGCUAUAGAGAAGGCGGACGAUGAGGAUGAGGGCGCAGGAAGGAAGCACAGGAGACAUGCGAGGUUUAUGGAUGGAGAAGGAGGUCAGGCAGAGGAAGAUGAAGGUUUCGAAAGCGCCGAGGAUGACGAUGAUGAGGAACUGGAGGGCGACAGUGACGAAGAGAACAUUGACGUGUCCGCACCUCCCGACUUCGAAGCAAGGUUUAGAGAGAAACAGGAGGGCAAAAGCCGCCAUGACGAAGGUGACAUCGCAUUCGCCGACAGUGAUUCUGAUCUCGGAUCCAUUUCGUCUGUUGAAGACCAGGAACUGGAAACUGACGACGACGAAGAUCUUGAUGGAGAGGAUGAGGAUGAGGAUGGUGCUGUUCGGUGGAAAGAGAGAAUGCUCGACAAUGCCAAGGCGCUCCAUGCCAAAAGACCAAAAUAUCGUGUUGCGGACCUGUCUCGCAUGAUGUACGACGAAUCUAUCACUCCUCUUGACGUGAUUCGGAGAUGGUCCGGCAAGGAUGAAGAGGAGGAUGCCGACGAGGAUAUCGAAGAGGAUGCCGACGAUUUCUUCAAGAAGACCAACAACGAAAAGGAAGAGCAGUCGGAAUAUCGUGCCGUCCCCGAGUUCGACUACGAAGAGUUAGAGCGGAAAUGGCGGGAUGAAGAGAUGAUUGAAUCUCUACGGAACCGAUUCGCCACUGCUAGGUUGUCUGGCGAUGGUGAUGCCGAUGAUUCGGAUGUUGAUGAUGCCUUCGACGAAGAUGAUGAAGGAGAUGGAGAUUUCGAGGACCUAGAGACUGGUGAGGUGUUCAAUGGCAUCUCGGACGAGAAGGAGGAGCAGGAUGAGGGUUCAGGCAACGAGGGAUCCGUGGAUCUCGAAGCAGAGCGCGAACGAAACGCCAAGAAGAAGGAGGAGCUGAGAUUGCGCUUUGAAGAGGAAGACCGUGAGGGAUUCGCCAACUCCAAGGAUAACUCACGACAGGACGGUGGAGGCGAUGAAGAGUUCGGUGAAGAUGAAUGGUACGAUGCACAGAAAGCGAAGCUGCAGAAACAGCUAGACAUCAACCGGGCCGAAUUUGAUACAUUGGACCCAGCCUCAAGGGCUAGAGCUGAAGGUUUCAAGGCCGGAACCUACGCCCGUAUCGUUCUGGAAAAUGUACCUUGCGAAUUUGCGACCAAAUUCAAUCCUCGCUUCCCUGUCAUUGUCGGUGGACUGGCACCCACUGAAGACCGAUUUGGAUAUGUGCAGAUUCGGAUCAAGAGACACCGUUGGCACAAGAAGAUUUUGAAGAGUAACGAUCCCUUGAUCUUCUCUCUCGGGUGGCGCCGUUUCCAGACCCUACCAAUGUACAGCACAUCCGACAAUCGGACGCGUAACCGCAUGCUUAAAUACACCCCAGAACACAUGCAUUGCUUUGCCACCUUCUAUGGACCACUCGUUGCACCAAACACCGGUUUCUGUUGCAUGCAAUCUUUCUCCAACAAGGCCCCAGGUUUCCGAAUUGCGGCAACCGGAGUAGUACUGAGCGUGGAUGAACAUACGGAUAUUGUAAAGAAGCUCAAGUUGACUGGUACACCUUACAAGAUCUUCAAAAACACGGCCUUCAUCAAGGAUAUGUUCAACUCUUCCCUUGAAAUCGCUAAGUUUGAGGGUACCGCGAUUCGAACUGUAUCUGGCAUUCGAGGUCAAGUCAAGAGAGCGUUGAGCAAGCCCGAAGGUUGCUUCCGUGCGACAUUUGAAGAUAAGAUUCUUAUGAGUGACAUUGUCUUUUUACGCGCGUGGUAUCCUAUCAAACCUCAUCGAUUCUACAACCCGGUAACAAACUUGCUUGACCUGGAAGAAGACAAUGCAGGCGAUAGUGGGUGGCAGGGAAUGCGUCUCACCGGCGAAGUCCGCCGUGAGAAGGGUAUCCCAACGCCCCUGCAGAAGGACUCUGCCUAUCGUCCCAUUGAACGACAGGAGCGUCAUUUCAAUCCCCUCCGCGUCCCACGACAGCUGGCUAAAGACCUUCCAUUCAAAUCCCAGAUCACCAAGAUGAAAUCGCGCAAAGACCAGACCUAUAUGCAAAAGCGGGCUGUUGUCCUUGGGGGAGAGGAGAAGAAGGCACGAGAUCUUAUGCAGAAGCUGACCACCAUGCGGAACGACAAGCAAGCUCGACGCGCAGCGAAGCAGGAAGAGCGGAGACAGGUCUAUCGCGCCAAGGUCGCCGACAGUUUGGAGAAGAAGGAAGCCCGGGAGAAACGGGAGCGCGACGAUUACUGGCGGCGAGAGGGCAAGAAACGAAAGAAUACAGACGAAGAUGGAGGAGGUGGAGGCAAGAAGCGCAAGUGA